AUGGCGGCUAAGUGGCUUUACGGGGUGCCUAUCCCGCGGCGGGCGCUGCCGCCGCAGGACGCCGUCGGCUUCUACACGGACCCACGGACGCGCGGCUACCUGGCUGACCCGGAGCAGGUCGCCCGUGACCGGCUCACGCUGGCGCAGAAGUACGGCUACGAGCCCGUCACCGUCCAGGAGGGCGUGCUCACCAUGCGGAAGGACCCGCGCCAGGUGUUCUUCGGCCUCGAGCCCGGCUGGCUGGUCAGCCUCGCCAGCAAGGAGGUCUGGCGGGUUAAGGACCCCACUAUGGUCGAGUACUACCGCGCCUAGACGUUGGCGGCGCAACCUCGGCGUGCUCCUCGUGACGCAAAGCUCCGCCAGUGACCGCGGGCGCCGCCGGGCGAGGUC